UUCUUCCAUGAUGUGUACAUUAAGAUGAAAGAAGACAAAGAAGUUAGCAACUACUGCAAAUUUGACAGCCAUUUGUUGACAUCAUUCACAUCGUCCCUAUAUGUAGCUGGUCUUUUUUCUAGUUUUCUUGCCUCAUCAGUCACCAGAGCGUUUGGUCGCAAAGCCUCAAUCCUUCUUGGGGGAGCUAAUUUCCUGGCUGGUGCAGCACUUGGUGGAGCUGCUUCUAAUAUCUAUAUGCUUAUACUUGGCAGAGUUUUAUUAGGUGUUGGUGUUGGUUUUGCAAAUCAGGCUGUACCAUUGUAUCUGUCAGAAAUGGCACCAUCCAAGUACAGAGGAGGAUUCAACAAUAGCUUUCAACUAAGUAUAGGUAUUGGAGUUCUAAUAGCAAACCUUGUAAAUUAUGGCACUCAGAAGGUCAAAGGUGGCUGGGGAUGGAGAGUCUCACUAGCUAUGGCUGCAGUUCCAGCGUCCAUGUUAACGUUAGGCGCAUUGUUCCUCCCAGAUACCCCCAACAGCUUGAUUCAACGCACAAAUGAUCACGAAAAGGCUAAAAGGAUGCUGCAAAGAGUCAGAGGUACUAAUGAUGUACAAGCAGAAUUUGAUGAUCUUAUCUUAGCCAGUGAAAUUGCAAAAAGUAUUAAACACCCUUUCAAGAACAUUCUACAAAGAAAAUAUAGGCCUCAACUUGUC